AGUAAUGUAAAUGAAUUUGUGUCAAACGGUUUAAGUUUAAGAUACGCUGUUGAAUUUACGCAAAAUGGCUUUAAAUAAAGUUUGCAGUUUUUGCAUGAAAAAAGUGGCAAAUGAAAACAGGACUUUAAGUGGGCUUUUAAGUAAAAGAACUCAUUUUAUUUACAGUGCAGAUGAAAAUACUUCCGUAAAAGGGGAAACCAAAAAAAUGAAUAUGUUUCAAGCCAUUAACAGCGCAAUGGAUAUAGCAAUGAAUUCGGAUAAAUCAGCAUUAAUUUUUGGAGAAGACGUGGGUUUUGGUGGAGUUUUUAGAUGUACAAUGGGGUUGCGUGACAAAUACGGCAAGGAGCGAGUUUUUAACACCCCUCUAUGCGAACAGGGUAUAGUAGGAUUUGGAAUUGGAGUAGCUAAUAUGGGAGCCACUGCAAUUGCAGAGAUUCAGUUUGGGGAUUACAUUUUUCCUGCCUUUGAUCAAUUAGUAAAUGAAGCUGCUAAAUGCAGAUACAGAAGUGGAGGCACAUUUGAUAGUGGCAAACUGACCGUCAGAGCCCCAUGUGGAGCUGUAGGCCAUGGUGGGUUGUAUCAUUCCCAGAGUCCUGAAGCCUAUUUUGCACAUACUCCAGGAUUAAAAGUAGUUAUUCCUCGAGGACCAAUUAAAGCUAAAGGACUUCUGUUAAGUUGUAUCCGCGAACCAGAUCCUUGUAUAGUGUUUGAGCCUAAGUGUUUGUACAGAGCAGCGGUUGAAGAAGUUCCUGUUGGAGAUUAUCAAUUGCCUUUGGGAAGAGCAGAUAUUUUACAGGAAGGGACUGAUGUAACAUUAAUAGGUUGGGGCACUCAGAUCCACGUGCUGAAAGAGGUGGCCCAAUUGGCUAAAAGCAAGUUAAACGCGUCCUGCGAAGUUAUAGACCUUGUGUCAAUUUUGCCCUGGGACAAGGACACAAUUUGCGAGUCCGUGAAAAAAACAAAACGGGUCUUAAUUUCGCACGAGGCCCCGCUCACUGGAGGUUUCGGUGCUGAACUGGCUGCCACGAUACAGGAGGAGUGUUUUUUGCAUCUAGAAGCCCCCAUCGCCAGGGUCACGGGUUUUGACACACCUUUUCCCCACGUUUUUGAGCCAUUUUAUCUUCCUGACAAAUGGCGCUGUCUGCAAGCAAUUCAAAAUUUACUGAAAUACUGAUGUUAAUUUAUAAAUAAAUAAUUAUUGUGGCCAAAUAAAAAUUGUAAUAAAUA